GUUGGCGUUUGGGUAGCGUGGUCCGUCGAGCCCUCCGUACAACGCUCUGCGUCUGUUCCACUCGUGUGCCGGGAAGUCUUUGUCGGCGAUUUUCCGAAGUGUCGUCGUGUCGCGAUGGUGGUGUGAGUGAUUUUGUGGUAAUUGUGUGUGAAAAUGUGUUGUGGUUGUUCAUAUUUUCACGUUGGAUAUUGAGCAUCCUUCCGGUCUUCCUGGGCUGAGUGUCUUCAUAGCAGACUAGAUAAACGUGUGGAUAAUAGUAGUAUGAUCUACUGUCAAUAUGUUGAUGAAGUUUUACGAAAUAUUUGCAGCCAGAUUCCAAGCAAAAGCUUCUAAAAACGUUCACGAUUUCCAUACGUUUGAAGAAAUUCAGGGAUAUAUUUGGGAAACUAACAUAAUCAUGCCAAAAGUUAUAUUUCUUCACGCCCUUGAAGAUGAUUGCAGGCUGAUACAUGCAGAACGAACAUCAAUUGAAUUGAUAAUUGAAAUGAAGAAGAGGUUAAUAACUAUGGCAUGCUGGCGAUUUUCGAUGGUGCAAAUGAACCCAAAAUUACGGAUCGACUUCAGGGGGUGAUUCCUUGUUAAAAAAUAUGAAAAAAUUUAAAACCACGUUCCCCUAAUGGAUAGUAGAUAAAAUGACAAUUGUACUUAUGCUAUUAAUGAUCAUGUAAUUUUAGAUCAAAUAGUCG